AUGGCUACAUGUAACGGCUCUUGUGUCGGUUCGUGCGCACAAUGCGAGUCGUGCUGUGCUCUUCGGAAGGAGCUGGCGAGACUGCGAGAGGCGAGUGAGCUCCGGGCGCGGCAGGACCACGACCAGUGCGUCGCCAUGUUCCAGCAGAUGCAGGAGCUGGUGCGGCUGAACGAGGCGAUGGCGCGUGGCUGCAAGCGACGCGAGGCGGAUCAGCCUCAGAGCACGUCGGCUCGGAGUGAAGUUGAAGCGUUGGAUAGGCCGGACGUUGAAGUCGAAGAGAAAAGCUGUGCGGUGGAACGGGAGCUGGAGCAAGCGAGCCAAGCCCAGAGUUUGCAGGCAAUUGUCGUCCAGCAACAGAAAGAGCUCGAGACGCUGCGGAGAAGACAGCGAGAUGCCACUGCAAAUGGCCGCGUCCGAUCUCGAGCUGGUAGUUGUGUUGGCAACCAGGUUGAAGCAAGGGAAGGCCAAGUCGUAAGCUUACUGCGUGUUAUAUCGGACGAGGCCAGCGCCAGCGACGAAACUGAUAGCGACGGCGAUGAACACCGCGAUGAGGCGCGGAGCGACUUCCGACCAGCAGCGAAGAAGCGUGCGAGCCAACUCCGCAAGCUUCCGCUGACAUCCCUACGCGCUCAACUCAAGGGGAAGGACCUGCAGCUGCUGCACUGCCAGCAGCUGAUUGCAAAGCUGGAGGCGCGACUCGGACAGCUCCUUGACCGGAAGCAGUCGAUGGCGCAGAGCUACCAGCAGACGUCCCGAACGCAGCAAGCCCACCUCAAGAAAUACCUCGCGUACAUCCGGCAGCAGACGACAGAGAAGAAGGCGCUGGAGCGACAAGUGCGCGACCUGAAACAGUAUGUUGACGUAUUGGAGAAGAAAGUGGUGAGCUCUACCCUAGUCGGCAAUCGAAAAGGACGCGAGAUCACGAGCGCCAUUCUCCACAACGCUAGUUGA